AUGCACCAUCUCCGUGAUUCUCUGCUGGGCUCUCUGCCCAGAGACGCACCUUCUACAGGCGACCAUGCUCGUAGAGACCAGGCAGAUACACGCCAGUCUAUUGCUCGGGGUGACUUCACAGAAGUUCGAGAAGUGGCCUUCAGUAACCGGACCUGGGUCGUUACCAGCCGAUACUGCGAUAUUGGAGAUGGCGUGGAUUCUCUUGAAGGUCAAAUUCAUUCCCUAUGGUAUAUGUACUACGAGCUUGGCCGAAACAUCUCCUCCGAAUCACCUGAACAUGAGGGUAUAGUUCUCGAUAUCCUCCGCAUUCAAGGAAUGGGACCGUUGACUAGGCCUUCACGAGGAGUCAAUGGGAUUGAUAUCGCAAGAACCGUCGACGGUGCACUUUGGAAUGAUCUCCCCUUCUUAGCUGGCGAUAUGACCAAUUUCUGGCUUAACAACGGCGCUUCUAUGUCGGGAACACACCGCCUCAACUUUGCCACAUUCCUGGCUAAACUUGCAGCCACUCGUGCCGCUAAGGAUAGGCUAUGCCAAGUUGCUCUUCUGAUCUUCCGUAAUCUGUUUGAAAGCAGCCAAGCACUUCGAACUGGGCAAGAGUCAGACGAAGAAGAUCUCAACCGAGGUAUCAAGCAGCUUGAGGUCUUUCAUGUGUUACCAGCUGCGGUUGCUUGGCUGAAAAUAGCAGGCCACAAUCUCCUUUUACUGUCAGAGGUGUAUUGGAACGAGUGCCCUAGCGAUAUUAGCAGAGGUGGCGAGGAGUUCCUUGAAUCGGAGCUCGGACAGCGAUCACCUACUGGAUUCUCGCCAUGGAGAUACAUGUUCUGGCUGAGGCGACUCCAUGAGAUUCAGGAAGAAGCCAAGGAGGCCAAUGAGAGAGCCCUAGAGGAGCUUGCUACUAAUGGGAUCGAGUACAUGGUCAACAAAAUCAAAGCAAGGAAUGCUGAGAUCCUCAGGGCUUACAAGAAUGGUGGCGAUGCCCUGCAUCAAGACAAGCAUCUUUCGUGCCUGACGUCCCUUGCAGGCCUUGAGGAGCCAGAGUCGUAA